GGAACUUAUCCCUCAAGAUCCACUCCUCACUGCCACCCCUCACUCGCCACUUAACAGCACUACGAUUAAGAUCCACACGACAUCUCCAAUCCUGCAACUUCUCAGUUACGUCACUGGGAAACGAAUAUCUCCGACUUCCACAGCGAGAUCGGCACUGGGAGAGAAAAAAACCUACCUGAGCAACAUCCUGAUGGGAAUAACUGUCCAAAACAUCACGGGAAACACGGCAAUGGUAAUUUGGCCAAAAAUGGCCAGUUGUGCCGACAGCUUUUACAGCGUCAUGUACCACCCUAACUGGAACAGCAUGCUAUCGAGUUACUCAAGAAAGAGCUUUCAGAAGGAAGAGAGAGUGCCCACCAGUCGCUCGUCCUUUGUUGUUGAAAACCUAACUCCACUGACAACAUACAUCGUGUGCGUGACUUGCCAGUCCGCAAACCCCUCCAGUGACCAGUGCAGAGUUUUUAACACGCUGGAACAAGACCUGGCAUCCACAAGAAACACCAAGAAAGAGCUGGCACUGGGCAUCUGGCUCACCAGCAGUGUCUUGCUCCUCAUCAUCGCUGCAGUCCUCCUCUACGGCUGCCUACACCUCAUGUACCGCAGGAGACGUGAGCGUUUGCAAGGGCAAAACAGGACUUCUGAACAAGACCAUGGGAAGGCGUGGACCAAAAGCACGGCAUACGCCUUGGAGGAGCUUGGCAGGCAGAGCCAACUGAUGCAGAACACUGAGGAAAAGCAUCCAGGUGGCAUUCAGCUGGCCACAAUCAUAGAGAAUCCCUCAGCAUGCAAGGAGCCCAUCAUGCCGACUUCCAAAAGCUGGGAACGAGUGCCAAUGACGAGUGCCAGUGCUAUAAAUUAGAAACCUUUUGUCAGGGAGAUUUUCACUACAUAUGCCACCCCAACUGCUUCAAACACACUGUAUGCUUUGUCACCGUUCACAUCAAGGAGCUCCUAUUGCUCACCACAGCGCUCCCGGUUGUACCUCCAGUGUCACGUCCCUUUCCAACAGCCCGGACACAGUCAGAGGUACUCAGAGGGAAAGGUUCAGACUCCGAAGAACUGAGCACUUCAGCAGCACUCCAUUAUUUAAAAAUGAAGCAUGUAGCAAGUAAUUGGUUUACAUUUUGAGGGGAUUUUUUGGUUGCUUUUCUUUAGUCUAAAACAGCAAACAUAAAAAUGAAUCAAAAGUGACCAAGAGAUAUUUUGUUUUUACUAGCAUAAAUUAAAACUGAGUAGAAGUUUUCAGACGGCAACCCAGACUGUUAACGCUACAGGCACCUGGAACAUACACCCCAAGUGC